AUGUCAAUGUUCUCUCCUAAAGUCUCUAAGCGAGACCCCGAGCUCCAUCCGGUCAAGUCUCAAGUUGUUAUCGAUGACUUGCGUAUCCAAUCUGUUCUUUCAAACCAGUCGGUUGUGUUGAACAUUGACCAUGAGGUGGACUCGGAUGAAGCCAUGAUCUUGGCCUUGGGUUACAAGCAAGAGUUCAAACGUGAGUUCUCUAUGUUUUCUAUCUUUGCUGUCUCUUUUUCCGUUUUGGGUUUGCUUCCUUCUGUCGCCUCUACAUUUGAUUACCAACAAUUGGUGGUUGGUGCUUCUCCUUUGCCUUGGCUUUUCGCAAUGAUAGGUGUCACGGCUGUUGCCUAUUCUAUGGCUGAGGUUGCUUCGGCUUUCCCAACUUCUGCCGGUACUCCGUAUGCCGUGUCUCAGUUGGCACCUAAAAAAGUGGCUCCCUUUUUAACAUGGCUCACUUGUUUUUCUAACUGGAUGUGUCAAAUCACUGGUGCCCCUUCUGUGAAUUACACGGGUGCGUGGUUGAUGUACUCUUUGGGUUCCUAUAAUACUGGGUUUGUGCCAACCAACGGUCAAGUUUAUGGAUUGGCAACGGCCAUUAUGUUCUCGCAUGCAAUCAUUUCGUCUUUGCCAACACGUUUUUUGGCGCAUUUCAACAACGCUGGUACGACCGUCAAUAUGGUAUUUUUGGUGAUUGUGUUCAUUGUGAUUUUCGCUGGAAACGACAGAGUCAACAUGUAUGAUGGAAAGAUCCCCAAGUUUAACUCCAAUAGUAAAGCCUGGAGCUUUACUAACCAAACGGAGUUUCCUUUGGGUGUUGCUGUUGUCUGUUCUUUCCUCGGUGUCAUCUGGGCCAUGUCCGGUUACGACUCGCCUUUCCACUUAUCUGAAGAAUGUGCCAAUGCAGCUGUGGCAGCGCCAAGAGCCAUUUGUCUCACGGCUACUUUUGGUGGCUCGGUCGGCUUCCUUUUCAUGUUGGCGAUUGCAUACACCAUGGUUUCCAUCGAAGAUGUGGCCGCGGACCCAUUGGAUUUGGGCCAGCCUUUUGUCACAUACUUGGCUCAAAUCAUGUCUAAGAAGUUGGUGAUGCUUUGCACAGCCUUAACUGUCGUCUCUUCAUGGUUUAUGGGUUGCUCUUGUAUGUUAGCCGCUUCCCGUGUCACGUUUUCUUACUCCAGAGACGGACUUUUCCCUUUCUCCCGGAUUUGGUCUCAGGUCAACCCAAGAACGGAGACUCCCAUCUACGCGGUGUGGAUCAACAUGCUUUUGGGUCAGCUUUUUUUGCUCUUGAUGUUUGCAGGUGAUACUGCCAUUGGAGCUAUUUUCUCUGUGGGCGGUAUUUCGUCAAUGAUAUCUUUUGUCAUGCCAGUGUUUUUUAGAAUCACCACAUCCUACGAGACUUUCAAGCCGGGACCUUGGAACUUGGGAAAAUAUUCUCGCCCCAUUGGUAUUGUUGCAUGCGCCUUUGUCAUCAUGAUGGUGCCAUUCUUGUGUUUCCCUACGGUCAAGGGCAAGGACUUGGAUGCUAACUCUAUGAACUGGACAGUGGUGGUCUACUUUGGGCCCAUGUUGAUUUUCAUCAUCUGGUGGAUUGUCGACGCACACAAGUGGUACGUUGGACCUAGACCUAAUAUCGGCGAGUAUAUGGUUCAAGAGCCCUCAGACAAUGUUGAAAUCUUGCAAGGGGUCGUAACGAGCAAGGACGAAAGCUCGACGGAAAAGAAGGAAUAA